CUUUGGAAACUUCUGCCGGGGAAAAAAGAGCUAGGAAAGAGCUGCAAAGCGGUGUGGGUUUUUUCCCUUUUUUUUUUUUUUUUUUUUUCCUUUUCCUCCUUUUCAUUACCCCCUCCUCGGUUUGCACCCUUCUUCGAGCUUCACGUAGAACCUGCGAAUUUCGAAGAGGUGCUGGCAGAGUGGGAGGAAAGAGGUGUUAGGGGUUUGGAUUUGGUCUUUUUUUUUUUUUUUUUUUUUUUUAAUUUCUUGAUUUCAACAUUUUCCCCCCACCGUCGCGGCUGCAGCCGCCGCCUCAUACCUGUUCCGCGGCAGCCGUGCGCCGCUGGCGGCUGAGGGUUAGAAAGGAGAAGGGUGUAGUUUGAGAUUUUAAACAAAAAUUUCGAAGAAAAAUCUAUUUUUAUCCCUCCCCCCUCCACUGCCUCCGAGCUCAUUAUUCUGGUUGUUGUUUGAGGGGGGGACAAUUUUUUGCUCCCUCCCAGCCCCUGCAAUUCUGACCAGGCCAGGCUUGGGGGUUUGUUUCUCUGACCUCCAAUCCCUCUGCGUGCACCUGGCGCUGCUCUUUUUCCCCCUACCUGUUGCAAGUCUGUAAUCUUUGCAAUUGGGACUUGCUUGCAGGCACUCCAGCCCUCCAUCGCUCCCUGCAUUUUGCAAUUGUCUGGGGGAGGGCACCUGCUCUACCUGCCAGAAAUUUUAAAAAGAAAAGAAUUUCUCCGCGCGCCUUCCUGGCCCCUUUCUCCUUGCACUCUCGCUCUCCUGCCCCGCCCCAGGUAAAGGGGGAGACUCGGAGAAGAUGGUGCUCACCGCGGUCCUCCUGCUGCUGGCCGCCUGUGCCGGACCGGCCCAGGGCCUGGGCUCCUUCGUGCACUGCGAGCCCUGCGACGAGAAAGCCCUCUCCAUGUGCCCCCCCAGCCCCCUUGGCUGUGAGCUGGUCAAGGAGCCUGGCUGCGGCUGCUGCAUGACCUGCGCCCUGGCGGAGGGGCAGUCGUGCGGCGUCUACACUGAGCGCUGCGCCCAGGGGCUGCGCUGCCUCCCCCGGCAGGACGAGGAGAAGCCGCUGCACGCCCUGCUGCACGGCCGCGGGGUUUGCCUCAACGAAAAGAGCUACCGCGAGCAAGCCAAGAUCGAGAGAGACUCGCGCGAGCACGAGGAGCCGACCACUUCCGAGAUGGCGGAGGAGACCUACUCGCCCAAGAUCUUCCGACCCAAGCACACCCGCAUCUCCGAGCUGAAGGCAGAGGCCGUGAAGAAGGACCGCAGAAAGAAGCUGACCCAGUCCAAGUUCGUGGGGGGAGCUGAGAACACCGCCCACCCUCGGGUCAUCUCGGCGCCUGAGAUGAGACAGGAAUCUGAGCAGGGUCCCUGCCGCAGGCACAUGGAGGCUUCCCUGCAGGAGCUCAAAGCCAGCCCGCGCAUGGUGCCCCGCGCGGUGUACCUGCCCAACUGUGACCGCAAGGGAUUCUACAAGAGAAAGCAGUGCAAGCCUUCCCGUGGCCGCAAACGUGGCAUCUGCUGGUGCGUGGACAAGUACGGGAUGAAGCUGCCAGGCAUGGAGUACGUGGACGGGGACUUCCAGUGCCACAGCUUCGACAGCAGCAACGUUGAGUGAUGCGUCCCCUCCCCAUCCUUCCUCCCUCGCCCCAUCCCGCCCCCAGCCCCGACUCCAGCCAGCGCCUCCCUCCACCCCAGGACGCCACUCAUUUCAUCUCAUUUAAGGGGAAAAAAAUACAUAUAUCUAUCUAUUUGAGGGAACUGAGGACCUCGGAAUCUCUGGCAAGGUCUCAACUUUGAAAAUGGCAACAACAGAGAUGCAAAAAGCUAAGGAGACCCCCAACUUAAAAAAAAAAAAGAUUUUCUUUUUGAGGCAAGUUGAAGGAACAGGGAGGGCAAGAGAGGAAAAACAGAAGAAAGAGAAGGGAGGGAAGCAGGUGUGUGUAUGAGAGGAUGAAUAGGAUGAAUAGUUGUGAGAAGGAAAAGCAGAGUGUGGGCAGGAAGCAUCUGCCUUUAUGUUCAUCCCUGACCUGAGUUGGGGAGCCAUUUGGGCACAAGCAGGUGUGAUCCCAGGUGUGAUAUUCUGUGACACACUUGGAAUUUGCCCAGUUUGGAUAUGUCCCAGGUGGAAGAAAGGAAAAAACAACAGGUGUCAGUGCCUCUCCUGGAUCGAUCUCCUGCAGCCAGCAACUUGCACGGCUUGAACCCUGUCCUUCCUCUCCCCCCCCACCCCCCCCACCCCCCGGCACUGUGAUCUCUCUUCCCCCCCAAAAUUUACAAAAACUAAAAUGCAUUCCAUUCCUCUCAACACAAAGCAAAUUCCUAACUGAGUGAUAUUAGGGAGAUAGGUGUUCCUGAACAGAUCCAUGAACAUGAAGUGUGUGUGCAUAUUUCACUCCCCAUGCAGACUCUGAGAACUCAACCCACACCCCAGUCGUGGGAAGACCUGUUCUUCCAGGGUGGCUAAAACCACGUGCUGAGUGAAGCCUGUGGUUUCAGCCCUUCAUUGCAUUCAAUUCACAACUAGGACAGCCUCUGUGGGGGAGGAUAGGCUGAAAAAAAAAAUGUGAGCUUGUAUCUAUCUACAAGGCUCCAUAUAGUCAUAUAUAGGCAUAUACAUCUAUCGUCUUUCUUUCUUUUUUUUUUUCUUUCUUCCUUCCUUUCUGUCAAAGGUUUGCAUUAACUUUCCAAGUAGUUCCUAUGGGGGCAUUGAAGCAUGUCCUUAUUCUGGGUAAACCAAGAAAACCCAUAUUCUUCUAAUACCACCCACAAUACCAGUGUUGCCUCUUCUCCGUGAGCAGCAAAUGCAUCCCUUUGUGGGACACAGUGUUGGAUAGUUUCGUGACUUCCCACGUGCACGUGUGUUCACACGCCACCAAGCCAUGUGGAUGAACGCACCCAGUGGCGCACCCACCAAGCCCUCCAGGACACCCCAUUCAGCUUGAGACCCUCUGGAAGUCACUGUCUCUGGACCCCACACCCAAUGAACCCAACAGGUCUAAGUUGGACCCACUGGUCCAGCCCAGCCUUUUCGUUUCAGCUGCACAGAGCCUGCAUUUGGAAGGCCUCUCUCAGCCUGCACGCUGGCAGAGCAGGAGAGAGACUGAAAUGAGAGAUGGCCAAGAGGGAGAGGGAGGUGGAAGGGUUAAGUACAGGGAAACAGUAGAAGUGAUGGUUCAGGCCAGAGUAGAUGCAGUGAAGGGCAGGGAGCUGGAGAAACAGGGGGCUGACUUCCCUAUUCUAGCUUUGGAGCAAAGUGACGGGAAAGGGGACAAAGCCCAGAGAAAGGUCCUUGGGUCCCCACCCAAUAAGCUCUCUGGGAUUUAAGAGGAACAAGAGAGGAAGGUGGGGGAACAGAAAUGAGCUUGAACCAAGGAAGGUGGCUAUCUUCAGGUGGGUUCUAGACUAUAGGUGUUGGACAGGAACAAGGCUCGGUUGAGAUGGGCCGUGGUCUUGAAGGGACAAGCCUCUGUGCUCAACGUGCCCAGCUUCACCCCACAGUGACGAACUGAAGCCAGAGAGUCUGUCAAGCUCUUCAUCCACUCUGUUCUGGCUUCCUUCCUGGGGUGGAGGAUGGCAGAAAGGCCCAGGACAGAGAAUGGAUACUCUGGGGGUGCUGUCAUUCGGCAGCCAGAUUCUGAACCAAGCAAAAUCCUAUUCGCCACUGGCUCCCCCCAAAAAUGGGCAGAUCUAGGGCUGUUCUCUGAGGACGGAGCUCUCCAGCCAGAUCAAUGGCAUGACACCAUGGAGACCACCCGGGCCCCGAACUUGGGCCAGUGAAUAAGGACAAAACCAUCUCAGUUGGUGGAAAACCCACGGCUCUGGAACAUGGCGGGGUGUUUCCUGCUCACCCAGCCCCACCCCUACCGGGAUGGUUGGCUGGGAUAGGAAAGACCGUCGAUCUUCAUAGGACAAAGGGCCUGAUGGGGGUGGCAGCUUUGAGGACUUACUCAACCUGCUGUGCCAGCAUAUCCCAGCUCUCUGCGCAACUGUCCCCAAGCCCCCGGCUCUUGUGUCAGCGUCUUAGGCCAGUAUCGUCAGCCUUUCCCACUUCACUCUUUCUGCCCGUUCUUCCUCUGGACCUUGAGCAGUCGUCUCUCUGGGAUGCGCCACGUGGAUACUGGGGUGCCAUUACCCCUAAGAAAAGACUGAGCCAGGAAUUGCAUACCCCACCCCUCCAAGGCCUGGACCUGGUUCCUGAGAGGGGCGCUCUUUUCCGCCCAAUGCCUGAUGUUUACUGGACUCUGAAUGGGCCUCUGCUCCUUCCCUAGGCUCUUUGCUGUCAGCCGUAAGGUGGGGGAUUAUGGCCUGGUUUAACGCCACCCAUCUCUUCAGGUCUCCAGAGCUCACACCAACUCACCCGAACCUGUGAGUCUCUUUCUAGCGCUUGGGGUGUGAAGAGGGGUGAUUCUGGUCAGCUGACCACUCCCCGAGAGGAUGCUGGACCUUCAGACAGAGGAAGGUCCAGCCUGAGCCCAGGGUGGGAGCUCAAGGGAAGGGAGUCACUGAGGAAGGUAAGCCAGGACAGGGUGGCAGGAAGGCAGGUGUGGCGAGCUGCCAGCUGUGAAGUCCUGAGCAGGGAUCCUCUUGACCCCAGGCUGCCUAUUGGCAACUGUCUGCUCACCUGUGGGCCUCAGACUCUAGGUCUCUGUGGCCUCAAGUCUAAAUGCUGCCCCGCAGGCCAGCAGAAGUCUCUUCCCAUCCCCUUUUGACUCACGCCUCACUCGCAGUGGAGACCCAUUGUCCCCCAUUGCUGCCAGGUGAUUGAAAGAAGCCUCACCAGGACUGAUCCUCCCACCCCCAGAGCUGCCCUACCCACCCCCCUGGGCAAAGCAGGGCAUCUGGGAAGGAAGAGAUGCAAAAGUUCUCAGACAGCCAGGCCUGAACAGAAAGGCCUGGAGACAUUCAGAAGGAGGUCAGAAGGCCCCGUGUGGUCCCACCUCCCGUCCCCUUGCCCAUUUUCCCAUCACCACCUCAGUGGUCUCCAUGGCAACCCUGCAGGACCAACCUCCUCUGGGGAGGUGGGCCUGGACCACCACUCUCCCACCAGCCAGCCCACGCAACCGCCAAGACCCCCUCCUUCAGCUCAGCCCCCCGAGAGGGCUCCAGCUCAGAUGGGAAUCUCAGAGAGGAGUGGGCCAAGGAGAAGCAACCCUCUGGUCUCAGAGAGGGACAUAUUUCCUUUCUUUCCUGGAGAAAGGAAGCUAAGUUUUGCGAAGUGGUGGGACAAGGGAACGGAGGUUACCAGCCAGCAGCGUGGGCGUUGUACUGUCUUUAUUUUUAAAACCACUAAAGUGCAGACUGAUUUUGCACUUUUCUCCACUUUUUUUUUUCCCCCUUAAGUUUUUGAUGUCUUUUUUUAAACAUACUUUCUUGGUUUUCUAAUGGAGUAUAUAGUUUAGCCAUUUCCACAGACUCUGACCUCCUCUCUUUAACUUUUUUUUUUUGGAUGGGGGAAAGGAGAGGUGCGGGGUUGGGGGGGUGGGGGAUCCAGCCUCUCCUCACCCAUUCACCCCACCUCUCUGGACCCUAGCCACCAACCUGAGUCCUGGACCUUCCACCAGCACCACCACCACCACACACAGUAGCCCACACGGAUAGACAGUUGUCAGACAAGAUUCCUUCAGAUUCCGAGUUGCCUACCGGUUUGUUUGUUUAAACAGCAAUAACCACAGCACAUAUUACCGUAGUUCCUUAUAGUUUGACAUACAUACAUACAUACCAUAGCGCUAUUCUCUCCUCUUUUUGUUUGUUUGUUUUCAACUUUUUUUUUUUAAAUAAAUGCUCAUAAUCUUUACUGGUGAAAAGGAUGAAAAAAAAAUAAUAAACCAACAAACAAAACCUGUUUGUGGAAAAAUAAAUAAAUGAAAAAAGGGGGAUAAGAACUCACCUGAAUGUGGAAGAGCUUGCCUCCCGUUUAGGGUUUUGUACCUAAGGAAAUAAAACACAAAACAAAACAAAAACA